UCAGACGGAGAAUUCCUGCUGAUCGAGGCUGCAGACGCGCUUCCUGCGUGGAUUACGCCGACGAAUGCUGAGAACAGGGUCUGGAUCUAUCGCUCACAGCUGCACAUUGUUCCGCUCAACUUUGUUUCUCCUGUGUCGAGGAAACGUGAACGUCGUAAGCUACCUGGUCGGAACGACAGUGACGAUGAAGAUGAGGACUCGGCGGACUACCUCGCAGCUCAGGACGCGCUUCAAAUAAUCCGCGACGACGCGAUCGACACGGUCGCCUCGCUCGCCGUCCAAAAAGCUGUCUGGACGCGCGUUAAUGGAUAUCCUGCUGCCGCUGCAAGUCACGUGCACUCGACAAAGGCGUACCUGCCGGUCGAUAUCAGCCGAACCCUGGCUGGGGAUCC